AUGCGCUUGCAUUUGCCACCAACCAAAUGCGCUUCUACUAAAGAAAUCCGCACAAUUUCAUCUCGUCCUGAUCCUCAUUUGGCCUGCCGAGAACAAGACCCGCCUUUUUCAUCAACUCUUCACGGUAGCCAUUCACUCGCCUUGCCUCGCCUUUCCUUCCGAUCUGUGGCAAUGGCUCAUGUUACCUCCGCUUGGAGCCGGCCUGUUGCUUGGCAUCACCACCAUCAAUAUCACCAUCAUCAACAGCAAUAUCACUUAAACCAGGCGAGUCGCUUUUACCAUGUCAAGUCCGUCCAGAAUCAAUACCAAUUUUCACCAGACUAUUCUCGUCACUACGUCCGUCGUCAGCCAUCCCAGUCACAUCGCCGGCAGCGAAAUAUUUGCCCAGACCACCGAAAAAUGCGCGGGCAACAGGCGAUGAGCAGCCAGCCUAGAGAACCGCGUGAUAGGCCGACACCAUCUGUGAAUAUAGGCUGGAAUGAAACAGAUGAAGAGGCCGAGGCACGUCCGGUCAACCAAGAGUCGAGUGCCUGGUAUACUUGGACUCAAGAUUACUAUGCCUCUGGACCUAAAAGUGGCCGACAGCGUCACCAGCCCUUCUGUCACACUCAAUAUUCAGAAAAUACUCAUCAUAAUCAUCCCCGUCCCUCUAGGCGUCGGCUGUCUGGCUCUCCACCCGCUGAUGAAGCAAUUCUAUGUGUUGAACGGUCAUUUCAUGCAGACUCUGGGUUUCGGCAAUCAGAAGACCGUGUCCAUGUCCGCAAACAGCCAUCUGGGAGGGUUCGAUGGGGUGGCUCGGGAAGGGAUCAUUGCGAAAGACGCCAUCAUCCAGUUCCAGAUGAUUUAAGGGAGAAGGGAGAGACGCUGGAGGAAGAUUGUGACGUGGAAUGGUCUGGACCAAUGAUUCCGGCCUAUCGUAGUCGGGAGCACUACAGCCAUCAACAUGCUCACAUAAACAGAAACCGUCGAUACCUCUCAAGUCCAUUGAAGUCGCAUCCAUCGUUUCAGCCUAACCAUUCUCAUCAGCCACAUUAUCAGCAACAUGGAAGAGGCCGUCGUCAAAAUCAAACUGCAUGUGGCGCUGAUACUCAAAAUCGAAAUGAAGGGACGAUUUCUAUCUAUCGACCCCGAUACCCAGGAUGGCGAGCUGACCCACAAUCAUCCGUCGAUGUUCAAACACCCAGUGUAUCUGUAUCCCACUUAUCGGCCACCACUGGCCAUAUUUCAUCCUCACGAUCACGAUCUACAUCGCCACAAUCAAGGCUUCCUAAGUCGCCUCGUCGUCUGAGCUCCGAUACAUCGGGCUCUCCACGGCGUACUUCUGCAUCUCCUAACCAUUGCCCAUCGCGUCAAGACAAGCCAACUCGGCCAUGGCCCAAUCGGCGUAGUCUACAAGCUUGUUAUCAGCUGGCAACAGAGCGGGCAGCCUCUCUCGAUGCCGGUAAGGAUGAGGCAUUGGAGUAUGGAUUGUUGGCCUCGGACAAUAGACCUCAGACAAAUCAGGUCAGUUAUAAUAUAAUGCUGAAAUAA